GAAGAAGGGAGCAGAUGAAGGUUCAUCAAAGACAUUAUAAGAGAGAUUAUGGAAAAAGUCCAAAAUACAACUCAUGGAUCUUGCUGUUUUGAGCACUGCAAGCCUCCGGGACAAAGCACCUGCAGCACACCAACCUCUGCCGCACUCAGCCAUCCCUUGAGAUUUGGAGCCGUGGUUGUCAUUGUUGGUGCAGUUUUAAUGUUGUGUGCAUCCGUGGCUACUCUCUAUCUGCAGAAGGGGAGCAAUAAAAAUGUUUAUAAUGUUCAUUACAGUAUGAACAUCAACGGGGAGGUGAGGGAGGGCUCCAUGGAAAUUGAUUCUGACAACAAUCUUGAGAGAUUUAAAACUGGGAGAGGAGCUGAGGAAGCAGUGGAAAUUCAUGACUUUCAAAUUGGAAUAACUGGAAUCCGCUUCUUUGGAGGAGACAAGUGCUAUAUAAAAUCCCAAAUCAAAGCCAAACUUCCUCCCAUGGGAACUCACAGCAAAGAGAUGCUGAUGUUUGACCUGACAGAUAAAUCAAUGCCAGUGAGAUUUGAUGAGGAGUUCCUUAUAUGGGUUGCAGCAGAGCAGCCACUGAAGGACACCAGGUUUCUGAGCAAGAAAAUUCUGGAUCUUUGCGGGGAACUUCCCAUUCAUUGGCUCCAGCCUACACAUCAUAAGGAUGGGGAGAGGAAAAAGAGAGACACGCAUCGAGCCAAACGGCAGUUUAGAAUGGAGGAGGUUGAGGCAGCUGCUGAGGAGGGGGACCCAGUGAAUCACACAGAGAAUGACACCUCAAGAGUUGCGGAAGAAGAGGAGGAGGGGGCACAGUCAGCUGCGGGGUCAGCAUACAAUCCCGAAAACCCCUAUCAACGCAGCAGAGGGGUCGGAGAGGACAGUGCCCUGACCUUUGACACCAUGUUAGACCACCAGGGGAUCUGCUGCUCCGAAUGCCAACGCAGCUACACUCACUGUCAGAGAGUGUGUGAGCCUCUGCGGGGUUACUGGCCUUGGCCUUACAACUACAGAGGGUGCCAGGUAGCUUGUCGAGUCAUCAUGCCUUGUCGCUGGUGGGUGGCACGCAUUUUUGGAGUUGUGUAAUGGAACACAUGACACAUGUGAGCAAAUGUGUGCGUUUUACAAUUCAGUUAUUAUUCAGAUAUGCACACAAAUAUUAGUUUUCUCUUUUGAAUAAAAACUAACAGAUAGCUUUGCCUGCUAGAGUGAUAUGCAGAUUGUGAAAUGUGACCAUUUUUACUGUAACACAUACACUUACCGGCCGCUUUGUUAGGUACAUCUUGCUAGUGCUGAGCUGGACCUCCUUUUGCCCUCACAAAUGCUUUAAUUAUUCAUGGCAAAGAUUCAGCAAGAUACUGGAAAAAUUUCUCAGAUAUUUUGGUCCAUAUUAACAAGAUCACACAGUUGCUGUACAUUUGUAAAUCUCCUGUUCCACCACAUUCCAAAGGUGCUCUAUUGGAUUGAGAUUGGGUGAUUGUGUAGACCAACUGAGUGCAGUGAACCCACUGUCAUGCUCAAGAAACCAGUUUGAGAUGAUUUGAGAUUUGUGCUAUGGGGCAUUAUCCUGUUGGAAGCAGCCAUCAGAAGAUGGGUACGCUGUGGUCAAAAACACAUGGACAUGGUCAGCAAUAAUAUAUAUGUAGGCUGUGGUGUUUAAACGAUGCUCAGUUGAUACUAAAAUUCCCAGAGUGUGCCAAUAAAAUAUCCCCCACAGUAUACAAUCACCACCAGCAGCAGCAACAGUCUGAACCAUUGAUUCAAGGCAGGAUGGAUCCAUGCUUUCAUGCUGUUUACACCUAAUUCUGACACUGCCAUCCGAAUGUUGCAACAGAAAUCGAGAAUCAUCAGAUCGAGCAUUUUAACCUCGAGAACAGCUGCUCACUGGAUAUUUUCUCUUUUUGAAACCAUUCUCUGUAAACCCUACAGAUGGUUAUGUGGGAAAAUCUCAGUAGAUCAGCAGUUUCUGAAAAACUCAGACCACGCCGCCUGGAACCAGCAACCAUGCCAUGUUCAAAGUCACUUAAAUCACAUUUUGUCCCCAUUCUGGCACUCAGUUUAAACUUCAUUAGGUCAUUUUGACCAUAGGAACUAUUUUGACAAAUGCACUGAUUAGAAAUAUCAGUCAACAAGCAGUUGAAUUAGUGUACCUAAUAAAGUGGCCAGUAAUUAUAUACGAUCUGUGACUAGUUUUUCAUCUUUAUAUGAAUACGAUAUUUCUUUAGA